GCACACAAACACGCGCAGAGGCAAAGGCAAAGCAACAAAAUCCAUAAUGCUCACGACCUCUGUCCGUACAGCCCGCAGGCUCUCUUAUAUGCGCUCACUCAUCUUCCACCCCCCUCUCCCCUUCUCAAGCAAACCUCUCUCUGUGUCUUCCACUCUGUCUAGAGCUCUUUUUUGUUCUUCUUCUGCUACUGCUGCUGUAACUGUUACUACUUGUUUCUAUUCUACUUCUGUAACCAAUCGCUUGGUUCAUGACAACAACAAUGACAGCAGUAAGAACAUUGUAUACCCAGUUUCUGAUGGGGAAGAAUUGGUGAGUCCUCGGUACACCGACGCGUAUACGGCAAUCGAACUAGCGCUCGAUUCUGUAGUGAAGGUCUUCACUGUGACGAGUUGCCCCAACUACUUUCUUCCAUGGCAGAACAAAUCACAACGAGAAACUAUGGGUUCGGGAUUUGUUAUCUCUGGGAGGAGAAUUCUUACAAAUGCUCAUGUAGUAGCUGAUCAAACCUUUGUACUUGUGAGAAAGCACGGAUCACCGACCAAAUACAGGGCAGAGGUUCAAGCUGUUGGACAUGAAUGUGAUUUGGCUAUUCUUGUUGUUGAAAGUGAAGAAUUCUGGGAGGGGAUGAAUCAUUUGGAGCUUGGAGACAUUCCAUAUCUGCAAGAAGCAGUAGCUGUUGUUGGAUACCCUCAAGGUGGGGACAACAUCUCUGUUACCAAAGGCGUUGUAUCUAGAGUUGAGCCUACACAAUAUGUCCAUGGUGCAACCCAGCUGAUGGCCAUUCAGAUUGAUGCAGCCAUCAACCCGGGGAACAGUGGAGGCCCUGCGAUAAUGGGUGACAAGGUUGCUGGUGUUGCUUUUCAAAACCUUUCAGGUGCGGAGAAUAUUGGGUAUAUAAUCCCAGUCCCUGUUAUAAAACAUUUCAUUUCUGGUGUGGAGGAAUGCGGAAAAUAUGUUGGAUUUUGCUCUCUGGGUUUGUCAUGCCAGCCAACUGAAAAUGUACAACUGAGAGAGAACUUUCGUAUGCGUCCUGAGAUGACUGGAGUGCUUAUCAGCAAAAUUAACCCUCUCUCAGAUGCAUAUAGGGUGCUGAAGAAAGAUGACAUUGUCCUUGCAUUUGAUGGUGUACCUAUAGCAAAUGAUGGAACAGUUCCUUUCAGAAACAGGGAAAGAAUAACCUUUGAUCACCUGGUCUCUAUGAAGAAACCUAAUGAAACAGCUGAAGUAAGAGUAUUGAGGGAUGGUGUAGAGAAUGAAUUCAGCAUCACCCUUCAACCUUUGCAGCCAUUGGUUCCAGUUCAUCAGUUUGAUCAGCUGCCUAGUUAUUUCAUUUUUGCUGGACUCGUUUUUGUUCCACUGACACAGCCGUUCCUACAUGAGUAUGGAGAAGAAUGGUAUAAUACUUCCCCCCGUCGAUUGUGUGAACGUGCACUGAGGGAACUGCCCAAAAUGGCUGGUGAACAACUAGUAAUCCUUUCUCAGCUGCUGAUGGAUGAAAUCAAUGCGGGUUAUGAACGCCUUUCAGAACUGCAGGUGAAGAAAGUUAAUGGUGUGGAAGUUAAGAAUCUGAAACAUCUACAGCAACUUGUGGAUGGUUGCGGUGAAGGGAACUUGAGGAUUGAUUUGGAUGAUGAUAGAGUAAUUGUUUUGAACUAUCAGUUGGCCAAAGUUGCCACUUCUCGGAUACUAAAGCGUCACAGAAUACCUUCUGCCAUGUCAAGUGAUCUUAUUGACGAACAGAAAGUAGAGGUAGAAAUUGAUUUGGCUAGUCCCAGCUGAGGCUUUUUCCUCUUUUUCCUGACUUCUACAAUCUUUGAGCCAAAUUUUCCUGUCUAAUCAUUUUGAUUUGUAUAAUUAAUUCUGCAUAAACAUUAGUCAAUUCUUUCAUGGUCAUCGAUUGAUUUAU